GGUUUUUAAGUUCACACUUUGGCAAUACGUGGGAAACAUGAAGUUCCCUGCUUGUGUUACUAUGGUCCUGCCUCAUACUGCUUCAAUUUUAACCCCAGCAGCACCUUAUAUUUUUGAGAUAUACCACUGAGCAUUACAAGAAUCUAGUCUAUAAUAGUAGGUAGUCGUAAGUAAAAUAGCUAUUGAAAGCAUCAAAAAAUUGAAAAAUUCCAUCAUAGCUGUAUGGUUAACUUCCCAAAUAAGCUUUGUUUAUGUGGUAAACUAAAUUUUAUAGUUGCAUAUAAACCUAUAUAUCUAAUAUUACAAAAUAAGUUUAUAUUCUGCAUAUAUACACGGAACAAUAAAUCCGCUAUUAAAACCGUAUAAUAACGUUAACUCGAACUGUUUUAUGUCUCAAUAAAGUUGCGGGUUUGACUAUCCAAAUCUCGGUAAUUGAGAAUGAGCCACUCUAAUUUGAUUAAGUGCAAUGAAAAGGCCUUUUCCACCAACUAACAGUAUCAUGAUUACUAAAAUUUGUUUAACGAUUGUUGUAUUAUGGCUUGUAAUUUCAGUAAGUAAGUACGCCACAUUAUGUUUCCUUUUUUUUGAAAACAGUCCAGCACAAAACAUAAACCGCAAAAUUGAUUUUACACUCAACUGAACAAUUUUUCUUAAAAUCUAUUGAAACUUUCUAAUAAACAAAUAAAAUUGAAAGUUUAUAAGUUUUUUUUUGGUGUAAAAUAAAACAUAUAAAAUCAAAUGGUUUAGGAUUUGAACUACAAUUACCAAUUGAUAUCUCUAAGACUGACUAAAUGAAUUUCAGUGCAAUUUUUCAAGUUGCCUUAUUGGUAAUUUCCAUGGUACUUUCUGCAUUAGCCAUGCCACAAUAUUUUGAAGCAGAUGACUUAUCGGCUGAACCAAGUGAAAUAAGGGACAAAAGAGAACACGGACACGGCAUAACAGGCCCAGUACACACUUUCGUAAAAACCGACAAACAUGCCAAUUUUAAAUGGGGCGUGAGACACCAUGUCGGACAUCAUUAUGCUGGUAGAAAAUAG